AUGCAGCGUGGCGGAACCCGUGGAGGCGCCUCCCCAGCGGCUCGCCGUCGGGUAGAGCGUCCAGGGUUGACAGCGGAAGAGGUCGAAGAGGUUCGAGAAGCCUUCUCUCUCUUCGACACCGAUGGCAGCGGCACAGUCGACCCCAAGGAACUUAAGGCUGCGAUGCAAUCCUUAGGCUUUGAAGCGAAGAAUCCGACUGUGUAUCAAAUGAUUGCUGAGCUGGAUCGGGAUGGUGGCGGGCCUGUGGACUUUGAAGAAUUUCUCGAUGCCAUCACUGCCAAACUUGGAGACAAGGAGAGUCGCGAGGGCAUUCAAAAGAUUUUCAAUUUGUUUGACGAUGACAAAACGGGGUCCAUUACUCUAAAGAACCUAAAGAGGGUAGCACGUGAACUGGGGGAGAGUCUCAGCGAAGAGGAGCUGAGAGAAAUGGUGGAGCGUGCAGACUCGAAUGGUGACGGCGAGAUAUCCUUCGAGGAUUUUUACGCCAUCAUGACGAAAAAAGCCUUUCCUUAG